AUUGGUAACCUCACUGGCGCCACAUCUUGGCAGCAAGCGGGCAAGGAGGAGCACGCAGCCGGUGAAGCCGAAUACAACGCAGCUCAAGCUAAAGACUACGUCGAUGGUGCUACGGAUAGGCUAGAAGGGAAGAAGGAGGUGAUCGUUGGCGCCAUUGUGGGCGAUAAGACGCAGCAAGUACAGUCUUUCUUCUACGCAGGCAACCUGACACAUGAUACUGGCAAGGCGCAGAUGCAGGUGAACGAGCCUCCGUCGUAA